CUAUUAGUUGGAGGAGUACGUUGCAACACCAAACCCAGCAUGAAGUUCAUCAUCAACUCCUCAUUCUCUUCAUCUUCUCCCUCUUUUAUCAUCAUUUUUCUGCACAUUUAUUUCCAUUUUCAUAAUUCUACUAAUAACUCUUCAAGCUUUCAAGCUCAAACAUCCCCAGAAUUCAAUUUAGCCCCUGAAUACGGAUAAUUCAAUAUUUUUCCCAACAAAAGGCCUGUUGAGUUUAUUUGGAGCCCUGAAUUCAGAACCAGCAAAUAUUGAAUGAAGUUACCGUUGAUGGACUUGUCUUGAGCUCUUGAGGAAAUGAAGCUUCUGAUGCAUACAUAAACUAUUUUUCUGCUGGAGGUCCUAAUUUGUAGCCUGUCUGUACUUCCGUAAUCACUUUACUACAUAUAGUUGGGAAUGGAGGUAAAAGAUAUAGAUCGAGUGGUCAUAAAAAAGCCAGUAGCUUCAAGGCCAUCUUGUACUGGCUUUAGAUCUUUCUCUAAACUUCAUUCUGGUGCUAUCAAUGCAUCACCACCACCUGCGAAUGCUAGCUCUGAAAUGGCAGUUGCUGCUAUUAAGCCCAAAACAGUGAGGGUAAAGUCCACAAUCAAUCAGUCUCCACAUACCGAAGAAAUUCAGGCAAGUCUCAAUCUCAGCCCUAUGGAAAAUUUCUAUUUCAGCGAACUAUCUGUUCUGACCUUUGUGCACUCGCUAUCACAGGCGGACACUUCCAACGAAGCUCUUUGUUCAUCAUCUGAUACCAUAUCCAGAGCCCCUGAUCGAUCCACCAUCUUCAAACCACUAGCAAAGGUUGUCUCCAAGGCAACUGUUUCUAUUUUGCUCAGCAUGGUUAACGUGCCUGCACAGAAGGAAAAGCUACAUUUAUUCUCAAGUCAGCAUUCAAGUAAUCUACCACGGGUUGAAUUAGCUGAAUCAGCUAAGUCUCCUACAAUGGCACAACAAAUGGUAGAGGGAGAGUCCAGAAUAAUGGCAUCUUCCAUAACUGGUGCUGAUCAACCCUCUUGUGAUGGGUAUAAUUGGAGAAAAUAUGGGCAAAAACAAGUCAAGGGUAGUGAGUAUCCAAGAAGUUAUUAUAAGUGUACACAUCUGAAAUGCCCUGUGAAAAAAAAGGUUGAGAGGUCAUUAGAUGGGCAGAUAACAGAAAUUGUCUAUAAAGGAGAGCAUAACCAUCCGAAGCCAGAUCAUGCCAAGCGCAGUUCAUCUGGAGUACAUGGACAGGAAUUGUUUGCUGGGACUAAUCAAGAUCCCAAUAGUAGUGACCCCAAGUUGCAUGAUAAUAUUUGUGAGAAAAAUGAAGGUUUUGAGAGACAGAUGAGUAAUGAAAAUGAAAUGCAAUUGUCCAAGCAGUCAACAUUUCCUGUAAAUGAUGCCCCAGUAUGCCAUCCUGUUGAUGCAGAAAAGAACAAUCCUAGUGACAAGACUGUUGUGGAUUCAGCUGGACUUGGUGGGGGUUGUGAAGAAUCAGCCAAGGGUUUAAACGCCAAUGGUGGUAGAAUAAAAAACAAGAGAAGGAAACAAAAUGUUCAAAACAAUGAAACUGGAAAAUCAGGUGAAGGUGUACAAGAGCCUUGCAUCUGGGUGCAUAACAUCAACGAGCCUGAAAUCAUGGGCGAUGGCUUUCGCUGGAGAAAAUAUGGACAGAAGGUAGUGAAAGGGAGUCCAUACCCCAGAAGCUACUACCGCUGCACCAGUGUCAAAUGCAAUGUACGGAAGUAUGUAGAAAGAGCAUUGGACGAUUCUAGAGCGUUCAUCACAACAUAUGAGGGAAGGCAUAACCAUGAAAUGCCGAUGAAGAUCAUGAAUCUUGCAGCAGUUCCAGAGCAGGAAACUCAACCACCAGCUGGUAAAGAGAUAAGGUAAGAAAAAUGGUAUAUGUGACUUGUCAGACUAAUCCUUGAUAUGGGGCGUCAUAUCUGGAUGCUUCAGGACCUUGAUGCCAAUUGUGAGCUGACAUUAGUUCAUAGUUUCAUACAGAGUAUUAAAAAAAAAAAAAAAAAAAAAAAACAAUUCAUUGAGAUUAUAUCAAGUUAGUCUUUACCUGGUCUUAUAAUGGCUAUAUAUGUGUGUAUCUGAUCUAUACUUUUAAAGAAUGUCAUGUAAGAUUCAUUUGAAACACAUUGUAUGAUAGCAUAGAUAUUUCUAAUUGAUUGUUUA